AUGCUCUCACAAAUAUCCUCGUAUUAUCAGGUUUCCCCCGAAACCAAUCUCCAUGCGGCCCAAACCGGAAAUCCAACAGGGCCAUUGGUAAUACUUCUUCAUGGCCUGGGAGGUUCAACAGAAACUUUCGUCCCAAUUCUUCCCUACCUUAACCCAGAGACAAACCGAAUUGUAUCCGUCGAUCUCGAGGGAUUUGGAAAAACAGGUCUGUCAUCAUCGGACAUCGAACUUUCCAUACCGCGCUAUGUCGACGAGCUGGAAUCUCUCGUGGCACUUUUACAAAAACCUGCGGAAAGUGACGAUGCAGCAGCAGAAUCGACACAAAACUCCACCCAACACAGAGUGCUCAUCAUCGGGCACAGUCUCGGAUCAAUUAUCGCCAUGCAUUACGCCGCCAAACACCCAGAACACACUCGCGGCCUCGCGCUACUCGGGCCCGGCCGAUCAAUCGCCCAUAUACCAGCCGCCAGAGAACGGAUGUUGAGUUUAGCAACUAAAGCGCGAAUAGAGGGUAUAUCCGCCGUCGCAGAGGUGGCUGCAGUAUCUAACUUCCCUGCUCAAUCUGGGGUUAUGGUUCCGGAAGGACUGCGCGAGAGUGUUCGACAGGCAGUAGCUGCAUGUAAAGCCGAAGCAUACGCAAAUACAUGUGAAGCUGUUGCUGGCCUGGAUCAUUUAGACCCGAACUAUGGCCUAAUUAAUGCGCCAACUUUGUUAUUGGCAGGAAGUGGUGAUGUGAUAUCGCCACCGGAGAGAUCGGUGGGAUUAAAGGAGUUGAUAGGGGAUAAUGCUUGGGUGACGGUGCUUGAGAACGUGGGACAUCAGAUGAUUUUGCAAGAUCUGGACGGGUCUGUAAAAGCGAUUAGAAGUUUGCUGGAUAAGGUUAAUGCCUAA